GGUUUCCCUGGCGACCGCUGUGCUCUCCGCGCCUAGGUGACGGAGAUGCUGGCGAGGCGGCAGCGCGACCCACUCCAGUCCUUGCAGCGCCGCAGUCAGGAGCUGAAGCAGCAGGUCGCUGGGUUGCUUUUUGAGAGUCAACUGAAAGGAGCUCUAGAAGCAAGUAAAAGGAGAGAUAUGUACCAAAGAUGUAUCCAAUUAAAACAGGCAAUAGAUGAAAAUAAAAAUGCUCUUCAAAAAUUAAAAAAAGCUGAUGAACCUGCACCUGUGGGAAAUUACUAUCAGAAGAAAGAAGAGGAGCACAAUCUUUUGGAUAAGCUUACCCACCAACUGCAGGAGCUUGCUGUGUCCAUAAGCAGAGAAAAUGUCACUGAAACUGGGGCACUCACUGAAAGAGAGGAAGAGGAGAAUUCUGCUGAAGAAGAUGAGGAAGAAGACGACGACGACGGCGAAGAAGAGAGCAAAGAAAGUAGGGGCGAGGAUGAAGAAGCAGAAGAGGAAGACGAGGAGAAACAGGAAGGCGACUCUCACCCAGAGGCCGCGAGCGGAGAAUACAUCGCUCUUGGGGAUUUUACGGCUCAGCAAGUGGGAGACCUCACGUUUAAAAAAGGAGAAAUUCUCUGUAUAAUCAAAAAAAACUCUGAUGGUUGGUGGAUGGCUAAGAACGCCAAAGGAAACAAAGGCCUUAUUCCUAAAACCUACUUGGAGCCCUAUAAUAAAGAAGAAGGCCAAGCAUCAAGUGAAGAAGGCAGUGAAGAGGAUACAGAGGUACGGGCUGAAACAGCAGGAGCAGAGGUCAAGCCAAGAACCGAUUCUCACUGGAGUGCUGUCCGGAAAGCCAUCUCAGAGCAGAUAAACACCGUCGACGUGCUGACCGCGAUGGGAGCUAUUCCUGCCGGGUUCAGGCCUUCCACCCUCUUCCAGCUCCUGGAGGAAGGGAAUCAAUUUCGAGCAAGUUACUUCUUACAGCCAGAGCUCACACCUUCCCAAUUGGCCUUCAGAGAUCUAAUAUGGGAUGCAAAAACCGGCUCUAUUAGGUCAAGACCGAGCCGUGUCUCCUUAAUUCUGACUCUCUGGAGCUGCAAGGUGAUUCCUCUUCCAGGGGUGAGCAUCCAAGUUCUGAGCAGACACGUGCGCCUCUGUCUGUUUGACGGCAGUGAGGUUCUGAGCAACAUUCACACAGUCAGGGCCACGUGGCAACCUAAGAAGCCCCAAACAUGGACCUUUUCUCCCCAGGUUACUGGCAUCUUGCCCUGCCUGCUUGAUGGCGACUGUUUCAUCAGAUCCAAUUCUUCCUCUCCAGAUCUUGGAAUAUUAUUUGAACUUGGAAUUUCUUAUAUUCGCAAUUCCACUGGUGAAAGAGGAGAGUUGAGCUGUGGCUGGGUGUUUCUGAAACUUUUUGACGCCACUGGAAUUCCUAUGCCAGCAAAGACUUACAAGCUCUUCUUGAACGGAGGCACCCCCUAUGAAAAAGGCGUUGAAGUGGACCCUUCAGUAUCCAGAAGAGCACAUGGUAGUGUUUUCCAUCAGUUGAUGACAAUGAGGAGGCAGCCUCAACUUCUAGUCAAACUGAGAUCUUUGAACAGAAGAUCACGGAACACGCUAAGUCUACUACCAGAAACAUUAAUCGGAAGCAUGUGCUGCGUCCAUUUGUUGAUAUUUUAUCGCCAGAUCCUUGGAGAUGUUCUCCUGAAAGACAGGAUGAGCCUGAACAGUGCAGAUUUAAUUAGUAAUCCAGUGCUGGCCACCUUCCCCAAGCUCUUGGAGGAGUCAGACAUAAUGGAUGCACUCAGGAGUUCCUGGGCUGAGAAAGAGAGUACGUUAAAAAGAUCAGAGAAGGGAGACAGGGAGCUCCUGAAGGCGGCGUUCCUGCUGGUUUACCACGACUGCGUGCUCCCCCUGCUGCACUCUGCGCUCCUGCCCCCGUCUAGAUGGGCAGAGGAGGAGACUGAGGCUGCCCGGUGGAAGGGCAUCGCUGACUUCCUCAAGCAAAACCAGGAAAAGGAGGGCGCCCUCCAGGUUCUGCUGUCGCCAGAGGGGGUCCAUGAAGCUUUCGACAUUUCCGAGCAGACCUAUGACUUCUUGGGUGAAAGAAGAAAGAACCUAGCCUGA